UUCAGCUCCACUGUCACUUGUUGGGCUGAACGCCUCGCUGACGGCUGACUCGGGGGUUACACGUGAUGAUCGGUGCGCGUCACUGAAGCGCCGUCGCUUGCCCGGAGACUGGAGCAGGGCUGACUGACACUGUUUGUAGCAGGCUACUGUAAAUAAAGAGUACACACCCAACAAACUAACAGGGAACAAAUAAGCAAGCCAGGCAGCGUCGGGGUAACUGAUAGCAGUUUCUUUCAUUCAUUCGCUCAGUUGUCUGUUAGGGUGUUUUUCAGGUUUGAGCGUGCCAAGUGAAAGGCAAAGCAAAACAUGGCUGGUUUAAUGGCAGGCUUUGGUCACUAUACCCACGCUGUCGUCCGGGGAAUCCCCGCAUCCCUGGCCAAAGAAGCGCUUCGGAGCAGCCCGGUGGAGGUGGACCUGGCCGCCGCGCAUAGGGAGCACGAAUCGUACGUCGAGGUCCUGAAGACGAAGCUCGGGCUGGAGGUGGUCGAGCUCCCCGCGGACGAGUCGCUCCCGGACUGCGUGUUCGUGGAGGACGCGGCCGUAGUCUGCGGUGACACGGCGCUCAUUACCAGACCCGGGGCAGAGAGCAGGAGGAGAGAGGCAGAGGUCAUGAAAGGAGCGCUGAAGGAUCUGAAUCUGAACAUUGUGGAAAUGACUGAUGAGAACGCCACACUGGAUGGAGGAGAUGUGCUUUUUACAGGUCGAGAGUUCUUUGUGGGCCUUUCCAAACGGACCAAUCAGAGAGGAGCAGAGAUCCUAGCAGAUGCCUUUAAGGACUACGCUGUGUCAACAGUGCCUGUGCUGGAAGGACUGCACCUAAAAAGUUUUUGCAGCAUGGGAGGACCAGGCCUCAUUGUCAUCGGCUCCAGUGAACCAGCACAGAAAGCCCUCAAAAUCAUGCAGCAAAUGAGUGACCACCGCUAUGACAAACUGACUGUGCCUGAUGACCUUGCUGCCAACUGUAUCUACAUGAACUUACCUAAUAAGGGACAUGUGCUGCUGCACUGCACAGUGGAGGAGUAUCCAGAGAGUGCGAAGGUGUUCGAGAAGUUGAAGGACCACAUGCUGAUCCCUGUGUCCAACAUGGAGAAGGUCAAAGUGGAUGGAGCCCUCACAUGCUGCUCUGUACUCAUCAACAAGAAGGCCAACAUCUGAACACACUCACCAGGGGAGUCUCUCAGUGCAUGGUAACCAAGCAGAGCCUGUAUCCGAUCACCAAGGAUCCCGAGGUUUAGCAAAACUAUCGUUGCAAGACGGAUAGGCAAGUUUGUUGUUACUGAGGGACAAAGAAAAUAUAUAUUGGAGGGACUCAUCUGCUCUCUGUUUUCCCCCAAAACAC